AUGAUGGAAGACAAUAAGCAGCUCGCGCUCCCGCAUCGAUGGGGAGUCCCGGUCGGUAGCCAGGAGGCGACCAACCUGCAGGCCACGGCCACCAACCGGAGACUGGCGGAACUGAGCAGCGGCGGCAGCGGCUGGCCCGGGCCAGGAGCAGCCACGUCUGCCCCAGCCCCUGGUUAGUCAGAGGCAGAUAACAUUGAAAAUCCCGCUCUGGGAGGCCAGGUGCUCCUGCGGGAAGAAGUGUCCCGGCUCCAGGAGGAAGUCCACCUUCUCCGCCAGAUGAAGGAGAUGUUGACGAAGGACCUGGAGGAGUCGCAGGGUGGCAAGUCCUCCGAGGUCCUGUCAGCCACCGAGCUCAGGGUCCAGCUGGCCCAGAAGGAGCAGGAGCUAGCCAGAGCCAAAGAAGCCUUGCAGGGGUUCCGUGACCACCCUGCGGCCCUGGGAGACGCCAGCGGUCUCAGCGGCCGCAGAGGCUGUGUUCAAGGCCCCCUGAUUGUGUUCCCCGCCUGCUGGCUUUGCCCCUGCACGGCCCUUCCCUCUGCGCCCCGGGAAGAACGGCUCCUGGCGGGGGCACUGGCGGAGGACGGUGCUGCAUCCAGACCCAGCAGCGAGCUGAGGGGUUCGGCCUGCUCCGUCAUCGGCUGUGACCUCGAGAGCGAGGACGCCGUCAAAGCCCUGGCUAAGGAGAAGGACCUGCUGGAGCGUGAGAAGUGGGAGCUUCGGCGCCAAGCCAAGGAGGCCACGGACCACGCCACGGCGCUGCGCUCCCAGCUGGACCUCAAGGACAACCGGAUGAAGGAGCUGGAGGCCGAGCUGGCCAUGGCCAAGCAGUCCUUAGCUACGCUGACCAAGGACGUCCCCAAGCGGCAUUCCCUCGCCAUGCCGGGCGAGACGGUGCUCAACGGCAACCAGGAGUGGGUGGUGCAGGCGGACCUCCCGCUGACCGCGGCCAUCAGGCAGAGCCAGCAGACUCUCUACCACUCUCAUCCCCCCCACCCUGCAGACCGGCAAGCGGUCAGGGUGAGCCCCUGCCACUCGCGGCAGCCCUCUGUCAUCUCCGACGCAUCUGCCGCCGAAGGCGACCGGUCGUCCACGCCAAGCGACAUCAACUCCCCUCGGCACCGGACACACUCCCUCUGCAACGGCGACAGUCCCGGCCCAGUUCAGAAGAACCUGCACAACCCUAUUGUACAGGUGCUGGUCUGUGCAUGGCACAUCUCCAUCAGGGUCCACCAGAAAAGACUUUGCAAAUGCAGAUUCCGGGGGCCUUUAAGCCUGAAGGAUCUGAGCCCCCAGCCCGCACAGGAGGCUAUCCCCGACAUCACUGUGGUCUCCACAUCACAGCUGAGGAAACUGGACUCAGAGAGAGGCAACCUGUACCCCUGCCGCAGUGUCCCCGCAGACGAGGCCUGGGGCCCAGCGGGAGCCAAGUGCACAGACGCGCUCCUGCAGGCCCUCAGGAAGCACCCCAAGGGUGUGGGCAAACUGACAGCUCGGCCUUGGGUGGGUCCCGCCGUGGUCCCAGAGAGCUUCCGCAACUGGCCCAACCUGUCCAAAGCUGCUGACCUGGACCAUCACUGGGUGGCCAAGGCCUGGCUGAAUGACAUCGGCCUGUCCCAGUACUCUCAGGCCUUCCAAAACCACCUGGUCGAUGGGCGGAUGCUACACUCCCUGAUGAAGCGGGACCUGGAAAAGCACCUGAACGUGUCCAAGAAGUUCCACCAGGUCAGCAUCCUGCUGGGGAUCGAGCUGCUGUACCAAGUGAACUUCAGCAGGGAGGCCCUCCAGGAGCGCCGCGCCCGCUGCGAGACCCAAAACAUAGACCCCGUGGUCUGGACCAACCAACGGGUGCUCAAGUGGGUGCGGGACAUCGACCUGAAGGAGUACGCAGACAACCUGACCAACAGCGGCAUCCACGGUGCUGUGUUGGUGCUGGAGCCCACGUUCAAUGCCGAGGCCAUGGCCACUGCCCUGGGCAUCCCCAGCGGGAAGCACAUCCUUCGGAGACACCUGGCAGAGGAGAUGACUGCCGUCUUCCACCCAGCCAACUCCUCAGGCCUCCGGGAGGCUGAGCGUUUCGGAACACCCCCAGGGAGGGCCUCCAGCGUCACCCGGACGGGGAAGGAGGAGAGCAGCGGCGGCAUUAAAUACAAGGCUGGCCGGCUGCCGCUGGGGAAGAUAGGAAGGGGCUUCAGCAGCAAAGACCCUGAUUUUCAUGAUGACUAUGGCUCUCUUCAAAAUGAAGAUUGUGGAGACGACGACCCCCAGGGCAGGCCAGAGCAGUGCCGGCUGGAAGGCUACAACGGCCUCGAGGUCACCAAUGUGUAA